CCUCUCACUGUCCUCGCUCGCUCGUGAUCUCUCCCAGACUCCCGCCAAUGGAGGAAGGCCCGGAGCUGAUCAGCCCGAGGAUCUCGUUCUCCCAUGAUCUAGCCAACUUCACAGCACAGCCGCGGCGGUCCGACGCGGCGCUACUCGUGUCGUCGUCGUCGCGGCUCCCGGAGCCGGAGUUCGACUUCGCCAACGCCACUGCGGCCGCCGAUGACGUCGCCCCGGCCGACCGCCUCUUCGCCGGCGGAAAGCUGCUGCCAAUGCCGCCGUUGCCGCCACCCGCUCCCAAACCCAGCCCGUGCAAGCAAGAGCCAAGCGGCGGCAUCCUUGUCAAGGCGCAGACGUGCCCGCAGAAGCGGCCGGGCUCGUGGGCGUCCCCGUUCUCGCGCAGCAGCAGCGUGAACUCCGCCACGACGGCGAAGACGGGCGCGCCGCGGUCCGCGGGGAGGUUCGGGUGCCCGCCGUUCCCGCUGAUGCGAAGCCGGUCAGCCUCGGCCGCCGUGGCGCGGGACGGUGGCCUGGGCGCCGCCUCCGUACCGGACUCCGCCGCCAGCCAUCGGCCUCGGUACUACAAAAAGUUCGGGGGUACAGUGUCGCCAGCUAGUAACGGUGGUGGUGGUGGCAGUUCAUCAAGAGCUUAUUACUAUGGUGGUAGCAGGAAAGGUAGCGGCCAUGGAGUUAGGGUUAGCCCGGUGCUUAACAUGCCAUUCAUCGGCACGGGGGUGGCCAACGUGCUGAGCUACUUGCUCUGUGACUGCAGCAGCAAGACCAAGAAGAGUAGGGAGUUCUAUAGUUAACUUGUACGUUGUACCACCAAAUAGUUGUGUAUAUUUAGUCCUGCGUGUAUUCGGAAUGAACAUUCUCCAUUCCACCGGAAA